GAAAUACCAACUAUACCCUCUAUAAAAAAAAUUAGAUAUCCAGGGAGGGAAUGUGUCAUUGCUGAUGUCAGUUGGGAAUCUCGUUUCUAUCACUUCUCUUCAUAUUUCAUGGAUUCCCAACGUGAGGGAGCUUCCCGAUGGGUUAUUGCAAAAUCAUACGCUCCUUGAGGAUUUACGAAUUUUUUAUCUGCAAAAUCUACAAUCUUUGUCAAAUAAGGUAUUAGAUAACCUUUCUGCUCUUAAAAGUUUGUCCAUUCAGUGGUGUGAUGAACUUGAAAGCUUGCCAGAGGAAGGUCUUCGGAACCUCACUUCUCUGGAGGUUUUACACAUAGCUGAUUGUGGAAGAUUAAAUUCUUUGCCAAUGAAUGGGCUGUGUGGCUUAUCUUCUCUUCGUCGCUUUUUGAUUCAAGGUUGUAAUCAAUUUGCAUCGCUAACUGAGGGAGUGCGACAUCUGACAGCACUUGAGUAUUUGGGGCUUUAUCGAUGUCCCGAGCUGAAUUCAUUGCCAGAUAGUAUCCAACAUCUCACUUCUCUCCUAUCUCUAGUGAUCUACGAUUGUCCAAAUUUGGAGAAAAGGUGUGAGAAAGAGAGAGGAAAGGACUGGCCUAAGAUAGCUCACAUCCCUGACAUUGAAAUCAACUGAAAAGCGAUCCAAGAAUCCUUGAAUGGAUUGGACGCAUCAACAUUGGAAUGACGGGGACAUUGGGGAUUGUAAUAGAUUACAGCAAUUGGACUUUUUGGCAUUGCAUUUAUGGGUAUAAAGAUUUCAUCUUAAUUUCCUUCCCCGCGUAUUUUCUUUUGGUGAAAUUGUUGUUCAUGCCUUUUCUUUCUUUACUUAGCCUUGUAAAUUACAAGAGCGAGACCACAUGAACCUUGAGUUACCAUUACCUUGUACUUGCAAUUCUACUUCAUACUAUCUUUGUUUGUCUUAUUUUAUAAAUCAUAAAUAUCUUCAUUUUGAGGA